AUGCGUUCUUUUGUAAGGAUAAAAUGUGCUCAGUAAUAUUAUAACACGCAAGUAAAAUGAAUGUGGUCAAACCUAAGUCCCCGCUACAGGGUCAGGAUCAUGUUGGGUUAUAUUACAGUAUACAGUCUGGCCUGGAAAUUAACAGCUUGAGUAAUGCAGAUUGGAUUCGCCACGUCAUCAUCAUCAUCAUCAGAUACAGCAAACUUGCACAGCCUCUGGAUUCAGGCAGGGGCAGGGCAAGUACAACGACAGAGGACUAUACCCUACAGUACUGCUGUAGCGCAUAGGAAGCGAUUGCACUAUUAUUUCAACGCUGGGUCUAAUGCAUGAGCAAAGAAAUGAUGUACUGACAUAUAGCAACACGAAGACAUGGCAAUAAACCCUUUGGUGCAUUAGUCUGUAAGCUUGCAGAGUACAGUUUGAAGAGCCGGAAUGUUCCAGGAUGUCUGAAGCAGAGAGCGCCAGUGUCACAGGGAUGACUUGUGACAGCCAGGAGCUCCCCUUGCAGAGCGAGGAUGCUGAUGGGGGCUCUAUAGAGAGCAAGGCUGGGUCUAGAGUAAAGGGUGGAACUACAGUCAGUGUGACCCGGAAAAGACCUGAAAACCCCCCCUCUCCCUGUGAGCCCCAAGAGCCAUGUGAGGAAAAGCAGACAGAGAGAGAUGCACGACAGGUAACAAUGGUACAGGAGACCCAAGCUGCUGUGAAAGCCCAGGGGGGCUGGGGAUCCUGGGGAAGCUGGGGCAAGUCCCUCAUAACCACUGCGUCAGCUACAGUUGCCACAGUCGGCCAAGGGAUUUCCCAGGUUAUUGAGAAAGCAGAAUCAUCACUUGGAAUUCCGAGUCCUACAGACCUGUCUACAAAAGUGAGGGAGGAAGUAAAGCAAGAGGGUGCAGCAGGCAGUGCAAAGAGCAGCUCUGGUAAGGACAGUGGGAGGAGCGCUCCGGUGGGGGCUGCGAUGGGCAUGUUCUCAUCAUUCAGCAGCGUGGUUCAAAGCACUGGAAAAAGUGUUAUAAGUGGAGGUCUGGAUGCUUUAGAAUUCAUCGGGAAAAAGACCAUGGAUGCUAUAGCAGAAGGAGAUCCGGGGUUUAAGAAAACGAAAGGACUGAUGAUCAGAACUGAAACACUGUCCCAGGUUUUACGGGAGGCAAAAGAACAAGAACAGCAACAAACAGCAGGGCAAGUUGCCACGGAUACCAGUAGGAAAGCUCAUUAUGGGAUACUGUUUGAUGAGUUCCAGGGCCUUUCCCACCUUGAGGCGCUGGAGAUUCUCUCCAGGGAAAGUGAAGCCAAGGUGAGAUCAGUCCUGACCUCGAUGUCUGGGGAGGAGCUCGCCACUUUGAAGGAGGAGCUGCAACUGAUCAAAGAAGCCUUUUCACUGGGGGAGUUUGACGAUGAGGAGGAGGAGGAAGAGAGGAAAGAUGAUGAUGAUGAUGGUUCAGAGUUCGUGAGAGAGCUGACCGCUGUCAUGGCAGAGCUACACGUAGCUAUAACUGCAGACAAGCUCGGCAGGGCCAGAAAAAAGGCACACUGCUGGAUGUCUGAAGUUCACAUCCCUGAAGAAUCGGAGAAGGAAGAAAAAGCUGAAAGCGCAGAAGCAGCUCCCAGGAGUUCUGUUGAGGAUAUUCACACAUGUGCAAUCAAAAGCCUGGCAGAACUGACAGCCAGAUCAAUAGAACAGUUCCAUAAAGCAGCGGAACUGAUCCUUCACAGCCAGGACCUGGAGUCCACGGCGUUGGAACAGGCCAGAUGUUUGUCACAGAUGACCAUAAUUUUAUGUAAAGAGGUUUCAGCGCUGUCUAAGAAGUUCACUUCUUGUUUAAGUACUGUUGGGGCAAAUGAAAAGGGUGAUAUCCUCAAUCCACUGAUCACUGGAGUCUUUUUGGAGGCUUCUAACAGUGCCUCGUAUAUCCAGGAUGCUUUCCAGCUCUUGCUACCCGUUUUAGAGGUUUCUCACAUCCAGAUCUGUACCAGCUCUGCACAGUAGCGGACAAUAGGUGGAUUACACACCAGUGUCAAAGCUGCAGCUGCUUCAUACAAGAGACAAACAAGGGGAUUUCAGGGUCUCUGCUGAAGUCUGCAAAAGCUGCAAAUGCACUAUGCUAAUAUAAUCAAAGCAAUCAGCACGGUCAGUAAGAUUAAUUAACUGUGACCUGUUCUGUACCUGGAUGCGCGUGUGUGUGAGAAUAUAAUAAUAAAAUAAUCUCUUCAUUAUAUCUGAAGUGGGCAAAAUGUGUUGCAUACAGUUUCUUUAAAGUAGUGGUAUUUAUUUUGCGUGUCAUUUUGAUCAGAUUUUAACGGGACCACAUGCCUGGUUUGUAGUGCGAGUCUUAUCAAUGUCUGCAGGGAGACUGGAAGAAAGGGUUGGCUUUCUUAGAUCCAGGUUCUCUUCUUCCUGUCUCCUUUGCCAUGAAUAUGUUGUAUGAUUUUAUAUUGAGCCCAGACUGCGUGGCUCAUGCAAAGUUGUCUGAUCUUGUAGACUUUACAAUAUGUUUGGUAGUCUUCUAUUAAAGGCUGCGCAUAAUAAUAUGAGUUUUAUAGUACAUAGUAUACACAAGUGAGAUUUAAGCCACUACAUUAGAACUAUGAUGCUAUUAUAACUGCAUCAUUGGUAAAAUAAAAACGACUGUACAAUGUAUCAAUACAACAUGCAUCUUGUGUAUAUAUACAAUAUUGAAUGACAGCCCUUUAUUUAAUGCAAAUAAAACUCUCCUAUACA